GAAUGGUUUACACCAUAGUAUGAACAAAGACACUCUCGCUAAACUCGGCGACACCUUUAAACAGUUGGCUCGUCCUUCAAGUGAGGAGGAAUUGGAGCAAGGUGCAAACACCGGUGAUUUAAAUGUGGUGAAUUUGCGAUCGGGGGCUACGUACUCUUCCCUCCCAAGGGAUAGCGCCCCUUCACCUUCAGAAUCGUCUGAAUACUUAACCCCCACUCGGCCGAACACAAUGCCUGUCGAUCCACCUCCCCCUCCUCCUCCUGGGGCCCCACACCACUUCCCCCCGCCCCCGAUUCGGGUCAUUCCAACUCACGCCAGUAUUCGACAAUUCUCGGGAGGCGAGACCGAUUUUUCGGCGCGACAGUUUUUAGAUUUGUGUGAAUCUGCCAUCGUAAAUUCCUCCAUUACGGAAGAUCAUGAUAAAAUCGCUUUCAUUCGGUCACGGUUACUUCCAGGCUCUCGGGCACUGAAUUUGAUGCAGUCCUCAGCGUUCGCUUCGGGGGACAUUGGUGUAAACUAUGAGGUUUUUAAAGGGAAUUUCAUUAAAAUCUUCGGGGGCGGGAGUAAACCAAGCAUCGUUAGACAGAUGGCACACACGGUUGAGUCCCUCCAAAAAAAUUCCUCAACAAAGCCGAUUUGGGACGCCAUGAUUGAGGCCAAUCAGCUGGCGGUUGACUGUGUCAAGAGCUUGGAAGACGCGCUCUGGCUUCCAGGGGGCUGUAUGCAAAAGCACCAGGUGAAGACAGCUUUCGAGUUGUUUUUUUACUUAUUUCAUAUUUCAGAGAAGAACCGCCGUUCUGCCCUCCCUUUGGCCUUCAAACCGAGCGGGAAGUUGGUUGACUUCGUCUCAGAGUUAGAGGUCAAGGUUCAGGAACACCCUCACCAUCAACCCCUCGCCACGGCAGCAGCAUUGCAAGCACAAAAUCAUGAUGUUGCGUUUUCUGAUCAUCUUGUUGUCCCUCGGCUCCCUGCUUGCAACAACACCCAUCCACCUGAAGCCUGGUGCCCUCACGGCACACAUAGGAGAGGUCUUCCUCAUAGAAGAUGUGCUCCUCGUAAAAUAUCCAUAUACUUCCUUGACCAACACCACGGACACAAUCAGGAUAGUCUCAGAAAAACUACUCGGCAUGGCAGACGCUAUCCGGGCUACCAAGACUAGGGAAUCAAAGGCUCCUUCUAGUACCAACUCUCUGACUCUUUUUCAACUACUGGAGGAUAGGAUUCUGUUCUUACGGGGAAAAGUUGAUGAGGUAAACAUGGAUUAUAGUUUUCACUCAGUUCACUCUCGGGUAAAGAGGGGGUUG